ACAUAUGAAGAUGUCAAUAAUGAAUACUCUGCUCCCACUACGUCAAUGUCUGAUGUUAUGCUUUCUAAAGUCGAAAAUACAAGUAUUCAUGGAAAUAAAUCCAAACUGCCGUCCACAGGUAAUAGAAUGCAGCCAGAGAUCAAAAACAUUAAACCGUGUUUAUCCUGUGGAAAGUUACAUCUACGAAGCACUUGCCGUUUUCGGAGUGCUAAGUGUCACAAAUGUGGUAAAGUUGGACACAUCAAGACUGUGUGCAGAAGUUCGAAUACAUAUGUUACUGAGAAUCCUGAUAAUUCUUCCAAUUUAUCUGGUAAAAUGCAGUCGAUGUCUCUUUCAACUUUUCCCAAUACUCAAUCUCAUCUAAUGAGAACCUUCACUACAAGUUCAGAUGGCCAGAAGUCAUCAUUACAGAUAGUCCUAAUGCCAAAUUCACUCACAGAGCGUUGAGAAAGAUUUUUAGUCGAGAAGGAAUUCCAGAUGUCUUAGUUACUGACAAUGGUACUCAUUUUACGGAGAAGAACUUCAAUGAUUGGCUCAAACAUAUAGGUUGUCGUCAUUUGUACACCGCACCACGUCAUCCGCAGUCAAACGGGUUGGCAGAAAAUUUUGUACGAACAUUAAAGAGUGCUAUAGCAUCAAUGAGUCCUCAAAAUUUUGAUGAGCUAGAGAGAUGUGUGUAUAACUUCUUACUUCAAUAUCACAAUGCGGAGCAUACAAGUACCCGUGAAAGU